AUGGCUCCUGGCGAGAACCAGAGCAGUGGUGUGACAGAGUUUAUCCUAGCAGGCUUCCCAAAUUUCAACAGCACAAAAGCAGAGCUGUUUUCUGUUUUCCUUCUUGUUUAUCUGCUGACUCUAACAGGCAAUGUGUUGAUCGUGGGGGUGGUUGGAGCGGAUACACGCCUGCAGACCCCCAUGUACUUCUUUCUGGGCAACCUGUCCUGCCUAGAGAUCCUGCUUACUUCUGUCAUCAUUCCCAAAAUGCUGAGCAAUUUCCUCUCAAGCCAACACACUAUUUCUUUUGCUGCAUGCAUUACCCAAUUUUAUUUCUAUUUCUUUCUUGGGGCCUCUGAGUUCCUACUGUUGGCUGUCAUGUCUGUGGACCGUUAUCUAGCCAUCUGUCACCCUCUGCGCUACCCCUUGCUCAUGAGUGGGGAUGUGUGCUUCCGUGUGUCCUUGGCCUGCUGGAUGGGAGGACUUCUCCCUGUGCUUGGCCCCACAGUGGCUGUGGCCUUGCUUCCUUUCUGUGGACAUGAUUCUGUGGUACAACACUUUUUCUGUGAUAGUGGCCCAUUGCUCCGGCUGGCAUGCACCAACACCAAAAAGCUAGAAGAGACUGACUUUAUCUUGGCCUCUCUUGUGAUUGUAUCCUCACUGAUGAUUACUGUGACAUCCUAUGGCCACAUUGUCCUGGCAGUCCUGCGCAUCCCCUCUGCUUCGGGCCGACAGAAGGCCUUUUCUACUUGUACUUCCCACUUGAUGGUGGUGACUCUGUUCUAUGGAAGUGCCAUUUUUCUCUAUGUACGGCCAUCACAGAGUGGCUCUGUGGAUACUAAUUGGGCAGUGACAGUGGUAACAACAUUUGUGACACCGCUGCUGAAUCCAUUCAUCUAUGCAUUACGCAAUGAGUGCGUCAAGGAGGCUUUGAAGGACAUGUUUAAGAAGAUGGUAGCAGACUAUUUGUGUCAUCUUUUACUUACUAAGAGUUUCAAUAAGAAAACAACGAGGUGA